AUGAAAUUGAACAAUGAGACGGUCACCAUCGAGCUCAAGAAUGGUUCUGUCGUGCACGGGACGAUCACUGGUGUCGACAUGCAGAUGAACACGCACCUCAAGACCGUCAAGAUGACGGCACGCAACCGCGAACCGACCUCCCUCGACUCGCUGUCCAUCCGCGGCAACAACAUUCGCUACUUCGUCCUUCCCGACGCCCUCCCCCUAGACACUCUGCUGGUCGAUGACGCGCCGAAACCUAAGAACAGGAAAAAGGACGAGGCAAGGGGCCGCGGGCGCGGAAGAGGCGGCGUGGACCGUGGGCGUGUCCGAGGACGGGGACGGGGAAGAGGACGGGGCUUCUGA